UCGGGGAUACGGGGGGCGCUCGGUGGAGGCGCUUCAUUUGCCCAUAGCUAAAAUGGCGGCAGGAAGUGGCCUCCUGUCCGACCUCGCUGCUCGUUCUCUAUGGUCUGGACUCUUACGCCGCUUGCGCGGGGGGCGGGGCCGUCUCCUGCGUGGGGGUGGGAAGGUUACGGGCUUUGCGCAGCUAGUAGCUGCGGGUUGCUGUCAUUGCGGCUGCCGCGACUGAGGCCGGGGAACCCAGGCGUCCGAGGACUCUAGGCGGGGGUCUCUUAACGGAGGGGGUGAGGGGACCCUGGCGUCGGAGGACCGGGGAGAGGGAAAUGGGAGACCCAGAGUGGGGGGAGCGCUAGGGGACCCCCACAUUCGGGGUACUGUGAGGACCCUUUGAAGAGGAUACCGCAGUGGGGUGGGUCGGGGGACCCAGGAGUCCGGGCACCUUCGUGCUGGGGCGCAUCGCAGCGGGAGGGGACCCCCAGGCUGGGGGGAAGGAGUGGGGGACUCUGUAACCUGGAGCCCCUUCAGGGAAGGGGAGAGGGCAGAGAAGCCCCCCAUAGAACUGGGACGGUAUUAGGGUUGGGAGCGUUCCCCUCACCUCUGGCAGGAGAAUCCCCCCAACUGGGAAUCAGGGCCCAAAUCCUCUGUAUCGCCCUCUGACCUGUGCCACCCCUAAUCCUGCCAUGAAGCAGCCUGAGCCUGCCGGUCCCUCCCUGGCCUCUCUUGCCCCAGGAUUUUGCCUCUUCCUGUGGGGGAGGCUGUGAUGCUCACAGACCGUACUGCUGUUGGGGAACUGUUGGGGGGGGGGUGUCCAGGGUGGGCUGGAACCCCCCCCCUUCCUAUACAUCCACGGGAGCUGGUUCUCCCUCCCUACAUGCUGGACUCAGCACUUUGGAAAGGGAAUUGAUCUUUGGACACACGCUGACCCCCAAUAGCAGCAGUACCCCCAGCCUAGGGGACACUGCGCGCCCACCCCAUAGCGCUGGCACCCCCAGCCCAAGACAAACAGAUUUCCCCUCGGGAAAUCCCCCAGGACAAGCUGUGCCCCCAGCAAUAGAACCCCUCAGCCCAGGAUAAACUGUUUCUUGUUGUAGUAGGGCAUCCCCCCCUUGGCACCUCAAACCCUCUCUGUUACAAUCCAUAUCCCCCUGGCACCUCCCUUUCUCCACACCAGCCUUGCUAUAUCCUCCUCCGGCUCUCAGGGGGUGCCUCCCCUCAUAGCCCUCUUCUAGUUGAGACCCCCGCACUCUCCCCUCAAAGAGACAGCUGGGCAUGGAGCAAGCUGCCAGCAACCUGACGGUGAUUGUGCCAGCCCAGCGCCUGACGCCAGCUUUUCCCCCGGCGGUCAAGCUGGGGCUCACAGCGCUGUACACGGCGCUGUAUGCCCUGCUCUUCCUCUCAGUUUAUGCCCAGCUGUGGCUGGUGCUGCUCUACCGGCACAAGAAGCUCAGCUAUCAGACUGUCUUCCUCUUCCUCUGCCUGUUCUGGGCCACCCUCCGCACCACGCUCUUCUCCUUCUACUUCAAGAACACUCUCAAGGCGAACCAGCUGGGCCCCUUCCUCUACUGGCUGCUCUACUGCUGCCCCGUCUGCCUCCAGUUCUUCACCUUGACGCUCAUGAACCUCUACUUUGCCCAGGUGGUGUUCAAGGCUAAAGCUAAGUACCACCCAAACAUGACCAAAGGGCUGCUGGCUGUGCGGGGGGCCUGCCUGGGCGCCAGCCUGCUCUUCCUGGCAGUGAAUGUGGCCUGCGCAUUCGUGGUGCGGCUGGGGCGGGCUGAGCCCUGGGCCGUGGUGCUGACCCGUGUCCUCAUCAACGACUCACUCUUCGUGCUGGGUGCUAUCACCCUGGCGCUCUGCCUCUGCCUCGUGGCUCGUGGCUCACCAAGCACCAGCCUCUACCUGCAGGCCAAGGGCACCACAGUGUGCCAGACAGCAGCCAUGGGUGGCACCAUGGUACUGCUGCACGCCAGCCGUGCCUGCUACAACCUGGUGGCCCUGGCGUUGAGCUCCCACACCCGGCUGGAUUCCUUUGACUAUGACUGGUACAAUGUUUCGGACCAGGCGGAUCUGAUCACUGACCUGGGGGACCAAGGAUAUCUGGUUUUUGGCCUCAUCCUCUUUAUGUGGGAGCUGCUGCCAACUGCCCUGCUGGUGGGCUUCUUCCGGGUGCACCGCCCUCCCCAGGACCUGGGUCAGGAUGACAAAGGCCCAACGAUGUCAUGCUGGAUCCGGAGGUCCCAGAAGAGUGCCAACCACAUCAUCAAUGGGCAGCUUGGGGGCUCCCGUUCCUACUUCUUUGACCACCCCGGGCAAUAUGAGAACGAGGGCCCCCCCCGCAGGAAGGGAAGCAGCCUGGCAGGCCGACUGGGCAGCGGCAGCUGGUAUGGAGCCAUUGGCCGGACUGGGAGGGAUCCGGACUGGCUGGGGGGGCAGCCCCCCACAACCCCCCUGCUCUUUUCCCAGGUCACUGUGCAGACCAGCCACCACCACAGCCUCUACUCCACCCCACAGACCUAGAUGCGCCCCCCCACCCUGUGCGUCACAGGUGGAUGCUAAUGAAAUGGGGCCAUGAGGACUCAAUGGUGUGGAAGGUGGGGGGAUGAGUUCUGAGUGCAGGAAGUGGAGGGGACCCAGCUCUGUGCAACUCAAGCUGAACAACCCCCAACCAAACAGCCCCCCUCCCCAUCGCACAGGGAUGGCUCUGGCACCACCCCACGUGCUGCAGCCUCUGAGGGUGCAGGCCAGUUUGGGCAUGGAUCCCAGUGUCCUCCCGUGGGACAAAGGAAGAAUGGACUGUCUCCUCCCGCUGCUGCUGAAUGUGCUGGAGCAUUGCAUGUCGGGAGUCCCCCCUCUGGAUUAGUGCCUGCAGCUGAACCAUCCUGGGGGCGGGGGUCACACUGUUGUGAGGUGCCAGACUGUGGCUGAGGUGCCAUUUCGUACCCUCCGGUGCACGCCAUCUCCUGGCUUCUCCCAGAGCUCUCCCCAGCGCUGCCCUCCCACCCCAAGGCUUUGGUGCUGUCCUGUCCAUCCACCCCAGGCUCAAUAAAAGGUUUGUGUUAGUGGCACA